CGAAAUCCUGAGCAGCGAUGGCGAUGCAGGCGGUGUGGUGGUGCGUGCCGACGGCGACUCUCACGAGCAAUGCUCGACAUCAGAUGAACUCGUGCUCGGCGUCGAGCCAGUCGUCUCUGUUCAAGAAUGUGCUGUCCGGAUGGAGGAAGAGCGGUCGAAGCUCGUCGUCUCUGGGCAAUUUUGCAUCCGCUGGUCGCGUGGCGGAGAUCAGAGUCGCUCUUCAGACCGGCGACAGAGCUGCGCCUUCGUCCUCUGGCUCCCAGCAGGCGUUCGGUGCUGCUGUCGCCCCGAGUAAAGGCUCGGAGAACGUGGAUGCGGCGGGCGGUAAAUUCCUGCUCGGAAAGUCGGAAGAAGAGCUCGUAGAUUUGGCGGUCUCCUUGGGCGAGCAAAAAUAUCGCGGAAGGCAGAUACAUCAGCUUCUAUACAAGACUAGGGCUUCCAGCAUAGACGACUUUCACCACUUACCUAAGGUGUUCAAGGAGGCUCUUGUUAGUGAGGGAUGGCAAGUUGGUCGUUCUCCUACGCACCACGUUGCGAGAUCAGCCGACGGAACCAUCAAGGUACUUCUGAGGCUGCCCGACAAUCUUCUAGUGGAAACAGUUGGCAUUCCAGUUCAGGACAAGGCCGGAGCUAUAACCAGGCUUACCGCAUGCGUUUCCUCUCAGGUGGGAUGUGCCCUCCGCUGUGCUUUCUGUGCAACUGGAAAAGGUGGCUUUUCACGGAAUCUCAAGCCUCAUGAGAUCGUCGAACAGGUGCUAGCCGUGGAGGAUCUGUUCAAACAUCGUGUUUCAAAUGUUGUUUUCAUGGGAAUGGGAGAACCUAUGAUGAACUUGACUAAUGUUCUAGCGGCACAUCGUUCUUUGAAUAAGGACAUAUUGAUUGGACAACGAAUGAUGACUAUAUCGACAGUCGGUGUACCGAAUACGUUAGCGAAACUGGCAACUCACAAGUUACAAUCCACUCUUGCAAUUAGUUUACAUGCUCCAAACCAGGAAUUACGGUCGCAGAUAGUGCCCAGCGCGAAGGGUUAUCCGUUGGAAGCAUUACUUUCAGAUUGUAGAAAGUACUUUCUCGAGACUGGGCGGCGUGUUUCAUUCGAGUAUACUCUACUAGAUGGUGUUAAUGACAAGCCAGAACAUGCUGAGGAGCUAGCCAACUUACUCAAUCAUUGGAAGCUCGGUCGACACGUCAAUGUUAUACCAUACAAUCCAAUAGCUGAUUCCGAGUUUCGACGCCCCAAGAAAGCUGCGGUGAUGGCAUUCGUAGAAGCCCUAGGCACUCGGAAAGUGACAGCGAGUAUUAGACAGACGCGCGGGUUGGAUGCUAAUGCUGCAUGUGGUCAAUUACGAAAUGACUUCCAAAAGAUUCCCAUACCCGUAGCCGCCUAAAUGAGGAUGGUCUGGAUCUCGGCCAUCAUUUAGGCUCUUACAAUGCCCGGAAAGGGUGUUUAUUUCUUGACAUAUUAGUUUCAGUGAAGGCUUUAGUGAGCUACCGGAACGCAGAGUAGUAGGACACCAUUGUGUAAAAUUACAGGAAUAGACAUUAUGUAAAAUUGAAAGGAAAGCAAUACAAGAAUUGCAAGCAUUUUAAACCGAACUCCCAGUGUAGCAUCCGGCCA